GCCGCGGGUUUCGCGCACUGACAGCUGAAGGUUUUCCGCGAUGACGGACACUCGGAUGGCCCAGCAGCAUCAGCAUCAUCAACAUCAGCAGCAGCAUCAGCAUCCCUGAGCGCCGGCGGCAGCAGCAUCCUCUCCUCAUCCGUCCUCCAUGCAGCAGAACCGCGCAUCUCCUAUCGCGUUUCUCGCCGUGCGCCAGCGCUCCUCCUCCGCCAUCCUCCGCCGCUGAAGCCGCUCCGCGUCCACCCUCCGCCCGCAGAGCACCGGCUCUCCUCCCGCGGGGUGAUGAUGCUGUCCUACAGCGGGAUACUCGCGCUGUUUCUGGUCCACGGGAACGUGAUGCUCCCGUACGUCUCCUCUCAGAACGCUGGGUUUGUGAAGUCUCCGAUGUCAGAGGUCAAGCUCACCGGAGACGCCUUCGAGCUGUACUGUGACGUGGUGGGGAACCCGGUGCCGGAGAUCCAAUGGUGGUACGCCGAUAUAAACCGCGCAGACUCCUUCAAGCAGCUGUGGGACGGGGCCCGGAAGCGGCGGGUGUCCAUCAACACGGCAUCCGGAGCCAAUGUGGUGAGCGUUCUGGCCAUCUCUCGCCUCACGCUGGAGGAUGCCGGGAUCUACGAGUGCCGUGCCAGCAAUGACCCACGCCGGAACGACAUGCGGCAAAACCCGGCCAUCACCUGGAUCCGCACGCAGGCCACCAUAACCGUGCUGCAGAGGCCACGAAUCAAUGCUUCCGAUCAGGAGAUCUUGCAGCCUAAAAGCUCCAAAACUAGCCAGGAUCCUCCGGAGCCGAUCGUGCUGAAGUGUAACCUGACCAACUCACACAGCACACACCAGGAGACCUUCUGGAUGAAGAACGGCCAGGAGAUCUCCAGCAGCAGGACACAGCGCAAGCACACCGAGUUCAGGUUAAAUAAGCCCAGGACUGAUGAUUCUGGAGAGUACAUGUGUGUUUACACCUUUAAAUCGGCACCCAAUGCCAAUGCUUCCAUUGAGGUCAAAGCUUGUCCUGAAAUCAUAGGCCAUAAAAGAAGUGAGAAUAAAAAAGAAGGAGAAAAUGCGACGCUGUACUGCAAAUCUGCUGGAUACCCGCAUCCCGUGUGGACGUGGCGCAAGAAAGUGGGCAGAGAUUCUUACAUGGACAUUGACAACAGCACAGGGCGCUUCUUCAUCGUGAACAGAGAGAACUUCACCGAGCUGAGCAUUCUGGAUCUGGACAUCCGCACAGACCCGGGCGAGUAUUUCUGCAACGCCUCCAACAUCAUCGGCUUCACAAACUCCAGCACCAUCCUGCGUGUGCGCAGUCAUCUGGCCCCGCUCUGGCCCUUUCUGGGCGUCCUGGCAGAAAUCAUCAUCCUCGUGGUCAUUAUCGUGGUGUACGAGAAACGCAAAAAGCCGGAUGAAGUUCUUGAAGAUGAUGAACCAGUCACAACAAUGAAAACAAACUCUACGAACAACCACAAAGACAAAAAUGUCCGGCAGCGGAACACCAAUUGACCAAUGGACCAACACAGAGCAAUGCUGAAGAUGACCAACUGCAUAUCCUGACCAGACGGACGUGUCCAAGGAGAGGAGACGCUCGUGGAGAUGCAAAUCCUGCCUCGCGAGGUGAAGAAAACAACAAUAACCACAGCAUUACACUGGCACAAACCUACAAUAAAGACUGUCUUAAGUUUGCCUUAUUCAGGCUCAUGAUGUGUGUGAAUGCGGACGCUGACGGGGAGGAUGAGUUUCCGUGCUGUUGUCGUUGCAUAUCUUUCUUUUAUCAUGCCCUCCUGCUGCACUAAUUCUUUUUCAUAUCUACAUGUUGUCUCGAAUGCAUGCAAUAACAUAAUCUAAUAAGAUUCAGAUAUCGUUUUCUAUCGUUACUUUAGAUGGCGUUGCAUCCAAAUGAAUAACCCGUGUGUCUGUUUAUGUGUGUGUGUGAGAGAGACAGUGUGUGUGUGUUUUUAAAGAAAUUUAAAUGGAUUAAAAAAAAGAGGAUGCGUCAAGAUCUUUGUACAGUUUAUCAUCCAAUAAAUCAAUACUAAAAGGAGGUGUUUUUGUCUUAAACUAGAAUGCAAGAAUUUUGUGAGUGGCAGAACAGUAUUUAAUCUUAAAGCUGAUAUUGUAUUAAAUGAAAUGGAUAUAUGUAACAUUUAUUUUCUAGAGUUAUUUAGACGUCUUGUACAUGUGGUGCUGUAAGUGUUCCAAUAUUACGAUAGCAUCUGUAAAAAGCAACAGAGUAUAUAUAUAUAUAUCUUUGUUUUUUUUUAAUAAAUAAAAAUGUCAUAUUUCUUUUUAGAGAAGAGAUGAUUCUUGUACAGCAUGGCUAUAAUCCUAUGCAAUAUGUAUUCAUAUAGACCUACUGACAAUUGUAAGUUGGGGCGGGUUUGUUUAAUUUCAGAGAAUAAAAGCUUUAACGGGACAGUGAGUUAAGGGUGCUUCGCAUUUGAAAUGCACUGCUGUAGUUGCAUGUCAACUCCUGAUCAAUACAGUGUGUGUGUCAACCUGACAAUGGACCAACAUACAUGGGAGGAAGUGGGUGGAGCUAAAGCCAUUACAAACUAUGUGAAACCAAUUGUUUCCUUUUUCAAAAUAAAGGUUCCAAAAUA